CCCAGGCACCGAGGGGGCACUGGAUGACUCUCCAGUUCCAGGACCCUGCCAUCUAUGACUCCAGGCCUUCAGCACCUACCCACCGUGGUACAGCGCCCCGGGAUGCCGUCUGGAGCCCGGAUGCCCCACCAGGGGGCGCCCAUGGGCCCCCCGGGCUCCCCGUACAUGGGCAGCCCCGCCGUGCGACCCGGCCUGGCCCCCGCGGGCAUGGAGCCCGCCCGCAAGCGAGCAGCGCCCCCGCCCGGACAGAGCCAGGCACAGAGCCAGGGCCAGCCGGUGCCCACGGCCCCCCCGCGGCGCCGCAGUGCCAAGAGGAGGAAGAUGGCUGACAAAAUCCUCCCUCAAAGGAUUCGGGAGCUGGUCCCUGAGUCCCAGGCUUACAUGGACCUCCUAGCGUUUGAGAGAAAACUGGAUCAAACCAUCAUGCGGAAGCGGGUGGACAUCCAGGAGGCUCUGAAGAGGCCCAUGAAGCAAAAGCGGAAGCUGCGUCUUUAUAUCUCCAAUACUUUUAACCCUGCGAAGCCCGAUGCAGAGGAUUCUGAUGGCAGCAUUGCCUCCUGGGAGCUGCGGGUGGAGGGGAAGCUCCUGGAUGAUCCCAGCAAGCAGAAGCGGAAGUUCUCUUCCUUCUUCAAGAGUUUGGUCAUUGAGCUGGACAAAGACCUUUAUGGCCCUGACAACCACCUCGUUGAGUGGCAUCGGACACCCACAACCCAGGAGACAGAUGGCUUCCAGGUGAAGAGGCCGGGGGACCUGAGUGUGCGCUGCACCCUGCUCCUCAUGCUGGACUACCAGCCUCCCCAGUUCAAACUGGACCCCCGCCUGGCCCGGCUGCUUGGGUUGCAUACACAGAGCCGCUCAGCCAUCGUCCAGGCCCUGUGGCAGUAUGUGAAGACCAACAGGCUGCAGGAUUCCCACGACAAGGAAUACAUCAAUGGGGACAAGUAUUUCCAGCAGAUAUUUGAUUGUCCGCGACUGAAGUUUUCUGAGAUUCCCCAGCGCCUCACAGCCCUACUAUUACCUCCUGACCCGAUUGUCAUCAACCAUGUCAUCAGUGUGGACCCAUCAGACCAGAAGAAGACAGCGUGCUACGACAUUGACGUGGAGGUAGAGGAGCCAUUGAAGGGGCAGAUGAGCAGCUUCCUCCUGUCCACGGCCAACCAGCAGGAGAUCAGUGCUCUGGACAGUAAGAUCCAUGAGACGAUUGAGUCCAUAAACCAGCUCAAGAUCCAGAGGGACUUCAUGCUAAGCUUCUCCAGAGACCCCAAAGGCUAUGUCCAAGACCUGCUCCGCUCCCAGAGCCGGGAUCUCAAGGUGAUGACAGAUGUAGCUGGCAACCCUGAAGAAGAGCGCCGGGCUGAGUUCUACCACCAGCCCUGGUCACAGGAAGCCGUCAGCCGCUACUUCUACUGCAAGAUCCAACAGCGCAGGCAGGAGCUGGAGCAGUCGCUGGUUGUGCGCAACACCUAGGAGCCCCGUGAGCGAGCACCACUACGGACCUUCCGGCCACGCCCUGUGCCCCCAGUGCUCUGCCCUGGGUGCUGGCAUCACUCCCCUGCCACCUUGUGGGGGGGGGCUGGAUUAAAGGUCAUUGUCUGACAA